AUGGUUCGUCCACCAGUGAGAAUCGCCAUUCUUCAGAAUGGGCCCUUCGAAGUGAAUCUCACCUCCAACGGCAUCGUUGAAGUUGUAGAUGGCGCUGAAGCCAAUUUUCUUCAUUUGGUUACAGCAGGAUUAAAAGCACCGUAUGUACUUCAAGUUCCAAAAGAUGCUGUAUGGGGAGUGCCAAAUGUGAAAGGCAACUGGUCAGGAUUGAUGGGAAUGGUACAACGAGAGGAAGUCGAUAUGGCUAUAGGAACCAUAUUCAUUUCUGAAAAAAGGAUGUCCGUUGCAGCUUUCAGCUAUCCUUACACUUGGCAGGACGUCACGUUUUCCACUCGCAAGCCUGGGCGCCUGCCAAAAGGGAUGGAUUUCAUGUGGCCUUUCUCUUAUCAAGUCUGGAUUUGUAUAGCAAUCUCCAUUAUAGUCUUGACAAUCGCUUAUCGAAUUUCCAUGACAAAAGCAUAUCCAUUGCCGAAAAUUUUCUUUGGAAUCAUUGGAAUUCUUCUUCGACAAUCUCCAGAGAUAACGUGCAGAUCUUUUCGGGACAGAUGCUUGAUCAUAUCUUGGAUAGGAGGCUGUACUGUCCUUUCUUACAGUUACACAGUUGUUUUGUUAUCGUUUCUCACAGUACCCUUAACAGACCGUCCUAUAGAAACUAUCCCUCAGUUGACAGAGGCAGUGCAGCAAGGAAGAUACAAGUGUAUCAUACCUGCUGGAUCUAGUAUCGUGGAAAUUCUGAAAAGUAGCAAAAAGAAAUCAGACCGAAUUCUUGGAUAUCACAUCUCGAAAACUAAAGGAUACGUAGAUUUACAGAUAGAAGGAGCUGUAGCCAGACAUCUCAAACAAGGGGAUGUAGCUUACAUAGAUAUCAGAGAAAGAAUGAAAAUUAUGUUCCAAAACCAAUUUUAUAUUUCUCGCCACCCAUUAUUCUCUAACCCAGUGGCUGUUGCUCUGAAUAGGAAAUUUCGCUACAAGAAGAGAUUGAACAAAAUUAUAGAAAGGAUAACUGCUGCUGGACUAUAUGAAAAAUCCCUCGGAGAUUAUAUGUAUAAAAAACAGCUAACUUCAAAGUAUCCAGAUGAUUCAAAAUUUGAUGAUAUGAAGCAGCUGAAAAUGACUGAUCUAUACGGAGCUUUCGUUAUUCUUAUCUGUGGAGAAGUGCUUGCGAUUUUAGUUUUUAUAGGGGAAUUAUUGAAAUUCUAUUAUUUUAAAAAAUAG